CUCUGCUAGAGGCUUCGAGAAUGUCAAGGCUGCAUUUGCGGGUUUUUUUAAGCAAGGAAAGAAUGUGACGGGCUGCGCAGGAAACAAGGAAAUUUCUUAACUUUGGGCCUGCCUCUGAGAGUAGCACGACCUCCCUUAGACCUAAACCCUCCUCUCUGGCUGGCUUUGGGCUUUCACGCCAAAUAUGCUGGCUGUUGUCUAGUCCAGUGAAUAAAGAGCCAGGCAACUUCUGUCCCUUUGCUCCCACUCCUGUCCUGGCUGAUGGGAAAGUGCAAGAUGGGCGUCACAGGUGCACCAGCUGUGGUUUUUAAAAAGCGGCCUCUGGGCUGGCUUGACCAGAGUGAGAGCUGCAUUACCGGCCAGCUUGCCGGUGGGUGCAUGCCCUUCACAGGGGGCCACUCCUGCAGCACUGGCUCUGUUUUAGGGCAAUGUGAAAAUGCCUUGCCAGGCUGCUGCUGUCUGGCAGAUUCAGGUGCCAGCUGCUGUGCCAGGGCAGUUCUAGUGACGGGAGGGAUUGUGGCGGUGGCUGCUCAGUUCAAAGGGUGGCCGUUCGCUGCCUAUGCCAUAGCAGCUGGGGUCUUCGUCUGCUUGCUGGAGUACCCCCGGGGGAAGCGGAAAAAGGGCUCCACCAUGGAGAGAUGUGGCCAGAAGUACCUGACAGCCGUGGUGAAGGUUUUUGGGCCGGUCACUAGGAAUUACUACGUCCGGGCCAUCCUGCAUGCUGCUCUUGCAGUGCCGGCGGGUUUCCUGUUAUCCACCAUUCUGGGCACGGCGUGUUUGGGCAUAGCAAGUGCCAUCUAUUUAUUGGCUGCGAUCUGCGGCGAGGAGUGGAACCCCAUCGAGCAGAAGCCCCAGGAGCAGCCGCAGGUGGGAGGAGGCACCAUCAAACAGCCCCCCACCAUGCCCCCGCCGCGGCCGCCCCCAGAAACACGCAAGAAGCAGCCCACGGAGGAGGCGGGCCAGGAAAAUCCCAUCCCGGUCAUCACUGAGGCCGAGGGAGUCGGGCGCUGAGCACGCUCUGUCUGCAGCCGGGCACCCCCACUGCCAGCUCCGUAGCCUGAUGCCCCCUUCACCGAUGCUCCCUCCUGGGGUCCAGCCUGCUCCCCAUCCCCCUGGACAGCCAGUUUCCUGCCCCAGCUCUAGAGUCCCAUCACCCCUUCACACUACAGCCCGCUCAGGACCCCCCGGCGUCACAGAGCCCAGCAGCCUCGGUGUUCCUUUGCACGGUGGAGGGCUGUGGGGCCCACUCUGCCCAUGUCUCUGUCUCCUGCUGGGCCCCUCCCCUCUAUGGGUGUGUGGUCGUGCUGAAUGGCAGCACUUCAGUGGAUUGUCUCCUUUUGAUACUGCAAUAAAACGAGUGA